AUGAGCUGUAACUACGACGUCCAAAAAGAGCAGUGGAUGGCCUUACCGCUAUCUAAUGGAGCUACCUCUCUCGAUAUUUCACGGAACGUUUCUACGUGGCCCCAUCCUGAGCCACUGCCAGCGCCGCCACUACAGUGGUUCAUGGAUCCGUCAAGUCACGGUGAACUGCUAGAAGCACCAGUUCAGUGGGUUAUGGGCCCUUCUGCGCUUGGUCACGCUGUAGACGCAUCGGCACCAUGGAUAAUAAAUUCCUCAGGCCUCGAGAAUCCCACAGGACCCUCGAUACCGUUGAUUAUGGAUACAUCUGGUCUCAAAGGCUUUCCUGAGCUACCUAUACAGGGGCUCCUUGGGCCCCCCAUUCUCCAAAGCUCCUCAGAACCUCCCACAUCAUCAGCCUCAUGCAUACCCUACGUGCCCACGGGGCCACUCUCUCGCGACGAGCUGAUUCUUUCUCGCCCUGCAAGCAGUAGUCGCUAUCAGGGCUCACCUCCCCAGCUCCUUCGCGACCAUGUUACCCUUUCUGAUUCAACUUCUCUCCUACACGCCAAGUGUCCAAUCCCCGGAUACAGAUCCACAGCGCGUCUCGCGACCCCAAGAGACGUUCGUCGGCCCCAUCGCCAGCAAGUUAAAAGAUUUUUCUGCCACUACGAGAAUUGUCCCCAGUCAGUGCCUGAUCCACAGAGCCUUAGUAAACGAGGCUUUGCCACUCGAAAGGACCGGGACCGGCAUGAAGCCAAGCAUAAGCCAGAAAUCAGGUGCCAAUGGCGAAAUCAGUACGGCGAGCAAUGCACACGGCUAUUUAGCCGUAUGGAUAACAUGAGGGAUCAUGUUCGAAGGAUCCAUCGGCGAAAGUUCUAG